AUGGCGGAGUACGAUGUCGACCACCUGAUAUCUUUAAUUUACGAACGUCCCGUCCUUUGGGACAAAACUAUAUCACAAUUCAAAGACAAAAAUUUAAAAACAGAAGCAUGGAGGGAAGUGUGUACAAGUUUAUAUUCAAAUUUUGAGGAGUUAAAUACUGUUGAAAAAUCAAAAAUCGGUAACGAUGUCAUAAAAAAAUGGAGAGGAAUCAAGGAUAAUUUUACAAAAUACGAAAAAAAAUUAAACGAGCAAUGUAAAUCCGGAGCUGGGGCCAAAAAAAUUAAACAAUAUCAUCUAUACGACCAGCUCCUAUUUCUGAAAAAGAAUUUUCAAAAUAAAACAACAUCAAGUCUUGACGAUGAAGAAAUAAGACCAAGCACCUCAACCCAACAAAGCCAGCAACCUGUCAUGCCACGUUACCAGCCUGCAUCGCGUAAAAGAAAAAUUGACGAAGACGAAUUUGAGAAGAAUAUUAUAGCUGCUUUAAAAACACCUGAAAGUAGACAUUUAUCUUUUUUUAAAGGAAUUUUGCCAUCAUUGGAAAAAUUGAAUGAUAAUCAAACAAUAAUUUUCCAAAGUCGUGUCCUACAGAUAUUAACUGAUUUACACCAACCAUCAUACUAUCCCAGCCACUAUCAAACUUCACAAACAUCCGUCCAAGCAAACUAUCAAACAUCUCAAACAACUGUUCAGACUGGCUAUCAAACAGCUCAAAUGUCUAUGCAGAGUGGCUACCAAACAUCCAUUCAACGCAGUGCCUUCCAAAGCGGAUGCGAAACAUCACCGGCGCCUAUGCAAUCGUCUCCACAAACGCCAAGGAAUGAUGAUGUAAAUGAGCCAGAACAAAUUAAUUUCGAUGAGGAACUAACAAAUUUGACGAAUGACACACAAUCGGAUUACGAGUUUUGAAUAACACUAAAUUGUGAAAAUGAUUAAACAGUAUGAUUAUAGUAUAAAUAGUUUAUUUUUUUCUUACCU